CCGCCAUUUCUCACACGAAGAGGAAAAGAAAAAGAGGAGAAAAACAAAACCCCUCAAUCGCUCUCAUCACAUUCAUUCACGGCGUUCGUCAAAGCGGUCGGCGUUCUAGCUGCGGAAACUUCAGAAACCGUCCUCUCGCGUUUCACAAGCCCUCGAAUCCGUUCUAUUUCGGCUGUUUUGCAUAUUUUCUGAUUCUUAAUAAUUCGGAGAAGCAGAUUUUCGCGACUGAAAUACUCCAAUUCGGUUCUACAUCUAUUAUUUAUAAUUCACCGCAGCAGAUUCAAACAGCGAUUACUGCCACUUCGAAUUUAUACUCCUUCUGUGUUAUUCUUCAUCUUCAUCGAUGAUGGUCGGACGCAAACUUUUCAAGACCAAGUUAUGCGUGCUUUAUCAGAAAGGCCGCUGUUCUCGCCCAAGUUGCUCGUUCGCUCACGGCAGCGCUGAACUCAGGCGAUUUGCUGGUGGUGGUGGUGCCUACAACGGUAGACGAGAAUAUAGAGGAAGUGAUUUAAGGCAUAAGCUUGACAACAGGCAUUCUCCCCUGCAGGAAAGGGAUUCCAGGGGGCGACAUGGACCUCGUGUGACCGUAAAAGAAGGAAAAAAGAACAUGGGGAUUCCCAUAAUGAUUAUUCUGGGAGUUUGAGGAUUUCAGAUAGAAGUGAUGAACGAGAUAGAGAAGGGAAAAUCACAUCAUCUACUUCUAGAGACAUUCUUGAGGGGCAGUUAAACAAGAUGCAGGCAGAUAUUGAGAUGGCUGAGCACCACAAACACCAAGCUGAGGUCUACCUGGAAGAGAAGAUCCAAGAAGUGGACAGUUUGACUUCUAGAAUUCAGGAACUGGAAUCUCAAUUAUACAAAGAAAGGGAGGAGUGCAAAAGGAUCAAAUCAAAAAUUAAGAAGUUUGUCAAAGCACAUAAUCGUUACACGAGGAUACAAGAUGAACUGAAGCGAUCAGAAGCCCGAUUUCAACAUCUGGGAGAUCAGCUGGCCUCAGAUGUUAGUAAAAUUGGUGCCAAUGAAGAAGACUCAAGUAUCAAUAUUGUGAGCGAUGGAGAGGACCCUGGUUAUCAUGCAGCCAGCCCUUUUCGCGACCUGCAAAAAGAUGCUUCUUCAAGCAAGAAGAAAAUGCAUGUUAUUCAAGAUAUUGCCGAAAACUCAAAGCAAGCCGAUUUAAUCAAAGGAAGUAAGGAGGCAGUGAGCAGAUUUAAAAGGUUCUCUCGGUGGAAUGCGCAUCCUGCUCAAUCGUUAUAUAGCAAAAUUGAGACGGUUGGCAACAAAAUCAAUGAUUUGAUACCUACAGCAAACGAAAGCAAGCAGAAGAGGGGAAAAACAUCUAGCAGCGUUCUUACUGCAGAUAAGAUUAGGGGUCUAGAGUCAGGUGUUGUAGUGCCGUUAACCAGCAUGGCUGCUCAUGCAGUUGAUGAAGAUGUUGAUAUCGAAUUGGAAGUUAAUAAUGAAGUGAAUGAAACAAGGGGAAAUUCUAAGGAAGUUGCAUCAGGCAGCCUGCCGUUCCUGCCCCCUCCACCUCCUCCAAUCCGUGAAAACAACCAUUCAAGGUAUGAGGGUGAAGAUCAAAACGUAGAUGUGGAGGUGCUCGAUGAGGAAAGGUCACAUUUGGACGAUGCUUAACGUCGAAUUCUGCUGUAGAGGUUAAAUGGAUUCUUGGUACAGCAAGAGAAAGGUAUUUGUUUUCAAAGAGUUGGUUUGAAUGGGGUUAAAUGGAUUCUUGUUGAACAACACCUUGUAUUUCCAGUUUUGUUGUCAGCAGAUAUUGGCAACCUCCCAUUUCUAGUUGACCUUGGCAGAUUUGAUUUUGCUAUUUUGGAAGAAAUUCUCUAUGGAUUAGCACAAGCAUUCGGUCCGCAAAAUAUAUAUUUUGAUUCCUGAAA